AUGUUUUCCUUAAUACUCGCGACACUGCUCGCAUUGUCACAGCUAGCAUUAGCUAUCGAGUUUCUCAGCCCGCCACCCGCGGACGGUACACAGGAUUUAAAGUCGAAUCCCGUCUACAGCUCGGGCUCGCCUCUCCAAGUAGUGUGGACGGAUACUGAGGACACCGGCAUUCCGUUCUCCGUGGUCGUAUAUCAGGUCGACGUUUCCGAUGGAAUCACCAUUCCACCAAACCAGGCGUUUGAAUACGUCGUUCAUGAUGCAGUGAAUAUCACCGACAGCCAGUGGGUCGUGGGAACAGCCAAGGACGUCGCCAGAUCCAACGUUUUUGCCAUGUCCAUCUUCUUCAAGGGAGACACGGUGGGCCGCGCGCUCUCAACCUAUUUCAACAUCACUAGCUCCCCUAGCCAAGGCCAAACACAUCCCCCGAUAAAAACCACGACGCAGACAGCAACAAGGCCAGCCACCACCAUGCCAACCUCCACUGCAUCUUCCAAACGACCCCCCAAAACCACAACAUCGCCGCCCUCGUCGGAGGGAACUACCAUCAACAACAAUAACAACAAUUACAACAACAACUACAACAACAACAAUAACAAUAACAACAAUAACAACGGCAAUAAUAACAAUAAUAACAACAACGUCGGUCUUAGUACAGCAGCAGCGAUCGGCAUCGGUGUAGGCGCCGGCCUCGCUAUCAUCCUCGGGUCCGCGGGCGGCUGGUUCCUAUUCCGACACCUCAAUAGCAAACGCCAAGGGACACAAGAAGCAGGACAAAUGAAGGAUACAUCGUCAUCAACCGGGAAACUGUCCCCAUCUCCCUCCUCCGGAACCUCCUCCACAGCUGGCGGCGGAGCUGGCGGUGGUGUUCCCGACGCCGACUUGUACAGCCACUUUUACUUCGGCCCGGAGUCGUCCGGCUACGGCUACGGCUAUGGGCUAGGAGGUGGAGGUGGGGCUGGGGCAUCGGCUGUCAGUGUGGAACAGAAAAAGCAGCCGUAUGAGAUGAGUGCGGUGGCGUGUCCGAGGGAGGUGGAGGGAGAUACGAGGUUUCCGAGGUAUGAGUUGGAUGGGUUGGAGAGGUGA